GUGUUCUUCCUCUUUCUCUAAAGAACGCUCACCCUUUCUAAAGACUAACCUCUACCCUUAUCAAAAUGGCCACUGAAAAGCUUAGAUAUAGUUCCAAAUUCCUUGAGAGUUCUAAACCCUACUUUGCCAUGAUCUCUUUACAGUUUGGCUAUGCUGGCAUGAACAUUAUCACUAAGGUCUCUCUCAACCAAGGCAUGAGCCACUAUGUCCUUGUGGUUUAUCGCCAUGCUGUUGCCACCGCGGUCAUUGCUCCAUUUGCCUUUAUUUUUGAAAGGAAAGGUCAACCCAAGAUAACAUUUCCAGUUUUCAUGCAAAUUUUCGUCCUAGCUCUCCUUGGGCCUGUGGUUGAUCAAAACUUCUACUAUGCUGGGUUGAAGCUCACAUCGCCAACCUUCUCAUGUGCAAUGAGCAACAUGCUUCCAGCCAUGACUUUUGUGAUGGCAGUUCUAUGCCGAAUGGAGAAAAUUAACAUAAAGCAGGUGAGAUGCAUAGCAAAGAUAGGGGGAACGUUAGUAACAGUGGCAGGGGCUAUGCUGAUGACCCUGUACAAAGGUCCUAUAGUGGAGCUGAUAUGGGCCAAACAUGCUGAUCUUCACAAUAAAACCAAUGCAACAAGCACCACAGGAUCCCCAGACAAAGAUUGGUUCUUAGGCUGCAUAUUCCUUAUCAUUGCCACCCUUGCCUGGGCUUCCCUCUUUGUUUUACAAGCCAAAGCUAUAAAGACGUACAAGAAUCAUCAGCUGAGCCUCACUUCCCUUGUGUGCUUUAUAGGCACUCUUCAAGCUAUUGCCGUUACUUUUGUUGUUGAACACAAUCCUUCUGUAUGGAGAAUUGGCUGGGAUAUGAACUUACUUGCUGCUGCCUAUGCCGGGAUUGUGACCUCAAGCAUAUCAUACUAUGUACAAGGACUGGUAAUUAAGAAGAAAGGACCUGUCUUUGCAACUGCCUUUAGCCCUUUAAUGAUGAUCAUUGUUGCCAUCAUGGGUUCCUUUAUCCUAGCAGAACAAAUUUAUCUUGGGGGUGUGAUUGGGGCCAUCUUGAUUGUUAUAGGGUUAUACUCUGUUCUGUGGGGAAAGCACAAAGAGCAAAAAGAAAGCAAAGUGGCUGAUGAAAUUCCCUUGCCUGUAAAGGAUGCUCAAAUUGGAGUAAUUGCAGGGGCAGUGAUUGAUGCCCCAAAUAAUGUUACCGAAGUCAAAUAUGGUCAGAAAGGAGAAGCCAACAAGCCCUCUUCCAUCGUAUUAAAUAUGCCUAUUCGUGAGCCUCCCGUGAAAGCUAACCAAGAGGCAAAGGCUUAA